UCUCAUCCCCUCAUUUCACGCAUAACCUGUCAACUAAAUUUACAUUCUUUUGCCCAACCAAACCACCCUCUUCCAAAACAAACAAAACAUUUCAGAAAACCACAUCAAACUAACAAAAACCACCAUUUCCCCAAAUUUUGCCAGAAAAUAGCUUUUGUUGCCUUGUCUCUCCACACUCCCAAGUCAUUUUUGUUCAAGCUUUUCUGACCAAAAAACUUAGUGUUUUUGUUUUUUCUGUAACAAAGGCAACAUUGUUUUGGGUGCAUAUGAUAUUAUUAAAGAAAGGUUAUUAGAUGUGAAAGGUGAUGGGAGCAGAGACGAUGAAGGGAUGGGGCACCUGGGAGGAGCUCCUCCUUGGUGGGGCCAUUCUCCGUCAUGGAACCAAAGAUUGGAACAUUGUUGCCACCGAGCUCCGAGCCCGAACAGUUUUUCCUUACACCAUUACUCCUGAGGUAUGCAAAGACAAAUAUGAAGAUCUGCUACAACGAUAUUCUGGAAACAAGGCUUGGUAUGAGGAGCUUAGGAAGACUAGAGUAGCAGAGUUGAAGAGAUCUCUAGAGAUAUCUGAAGAUUCAAUUGGGUCUCUAGAAUCUAAGCUUGAAAGCCUGAAGGGUGGUGAGAAUGAUAAAAGAGAUGGUUGUGAUGUUGAUAAUGUUGAUAAUGGAUCAGUUGGUCCAAAGUUGCAUGUAGCUUCACAUAAACUAGAAAGAGUUGAAUCUUCCACCAAAGACAACACAUCAAAAGAUGGACUUUCUGCUGGGAGUUUCACUCAUCAAACUCUUCCAUCUGUGCCUGUUCAACAUUUCGAGACUAAGCCUCACACACUUUUGAAUGUAGAUAAGUUAGCAUAUGCUGUAUACGAAGGAGAAGGUGGGAGUUUUAAGAAACGAAGAGGGAAGAGGAAAAGGAAGGAUUGUGGCAAAAAUACGAAGGAACCAAGCAUGGCAGAGAGUGUUUUGUUAGAUUCAGUUGAUGUCAUGUCAUGGUGUAAAGAAAGUUCUACCAGUAACUACAGUGAAGUUGCCAAAUCAAGCGGUGUAAAUUAUCAGAAUAGGAACUUGAAAAAGAGUAGUAGGGUGGAAGACAUGAUGAAGAUUUUGGAUUCUAUUUUUGAAACCAAAUGUGCUUCUGCAUUUCGUCGUAGACUUGAUAGUCAGAAGAGAGGGAGGUACAAGAAAAUGAUUCGACAACACAUGGAUUUUGACACCAUAAGGUCGAGAAUCAGCGACCAAACAAUUAGAUCAAGUGUAGAACUUUUUCGAGACAUGCUCCUACUCACUAACAAUGCUUUAGUCUUCUACUCCAAGAGCACACGUGAAUACAAAUCUGCUCUGUUACUAAGAGACAUAGUAACAAAAAAAAUAAAGGAAAGUUGUUGGAAGGAUACGAAUAACAAAGUCACCACCACCAGUGAAGUUACCAAUGCAGCUAUUAAAUUACCUAUACAUAAUCUUCAUGUGAAACCAAGAAGCAUACGAUCUGGUAAUAGAAAAAUAAUAGCAAAAGCUUGUGGUGGAAAUGGAAAUAACUCUAUAUCUGGGGUUUCACAUGCUACCAAAAAACCUACUAAAGUUGAUUCUCCAUCCUCUGUGGAAUCCUUGAGUGUGAAGAAGAAAGGUUUUGGUCGACCAAAAAAGGUUGGACGAGGAUCUGCUAGUCAAAAGCCUGCAGUACCAAUGAAGGGAAAGAAAAAAGUUAGAACAACCAAGUAAUAACACAUUAACCAAUAUAUUUCUCUGUACAAAGAUUUUUAUCUUUGGUUAGAUAUUUUUUUGACUUCUCUGGUGAAGGACCAAGUUUCAAGCUACCACCAACAGAAUCUUUAUUAUAAGUUAAAGGGAGAAAGUUAGUCACAAAUAUAUA